GGCGUUUCUUUACUGCUCUAGUCUUAUGCGCAUGUGUAACUUCUAUUUCUGAACUAGAUAUGGAAGAAUUACUUGAAUUGCUAUCUGAAGUGUCUGAAUUAGAAGAAUUAUUUGUGGAAUAUUUGACAUUAUUUUUCUUACUCUUAUUUUUGGAAACAUCGUCAUUUAAUCUUCUGAAUGGUAGAUGUGUAGAAGUGUUAAAGCAACAGAAUGUAAUUGAUUCAUGUUCAGAAUGUCUAAUUAUCACUUAUGAGAUUGCGAAAAAAUUAGAUUUCGAAAAAGAUAAAAGUUUAUCUAUUACUAAUAAAGUGGUAUUUGAUAUUGUUAAGCAAGUAUUGGCAAACCCGGAUAUUUCUCGACAACAUAUUCCAUGCAAAGCUAGAAAAAAACCAAUUUUUAAUGAUACCGCAUCUGAGUCCUCAUCCACAUCUGAAUCUGGGUCUAGUUCUGAAUCAUCGAAUGAUGAUGAAGAUUUUACUGUGAAAGUGGUGAAAGCAAAGAAGCGUGAUUAG